AAUCUCCUCCUCUCACUACAAGCAUCACAUCACCCGCGGUGACCUUCGCCACCGCAUCCUCCGCGCAUUGCUCGAUCGGUUUCGGUUGAGCGAACACCAUGGCGCCAGGCCUCCUCCAUUUCAUGCUCCUCGCAGCGCUCCUCCAGCUUCUUUCCACCACCUCCGCGGCGACCGCCGGCGACGUCGCGACUGGCAGCGAGAAGGUGCACGUGGCGAUCUACUACGAGUCGCUGUGCCCCUUCUCGAUCCGCUUCGUGGCGAACCACCUCGUCAAGGCCUACAGGGACGGCCUACUCGACGCCGCCGACCUCACCCUCGUACCCUAUGGCAACGCCGUGGUCGGCAGCGACGGCACCAUCUCCUGUCAGCAUGGCCCCGAGGAAUGCCUUCUGAACACCGUGGAGGCAUGCGCCAUCGAAGCAUGGCCGGAUGUGAAAGUGCAUCUCGGUUUCAUUUACUGCGUGUCGGACCUGGUGAUGAAGAACAAGCACCGGGAGUGGGAGUCGUGCUUCCAGAAACAGGGGCUUGAUCCCAAGGCAGUCACGGAGUGCUACAAGGGCGAGCGUGGCCACAAUCUUUCGCUCGAGUACGGGAGACAGACACAUGAGCUCGUGCCGCCUCACCAGUUCGUUCCGUGGGUGGUUAUCGACGGCAAGCCGCUCCUCGACAAUUACCGGAACUUCGAAGCUUACAUCUGCAAGGCGUCCAAGGGAUAUCCCCUCAAGGCGUGUCAAGACCUGGGCCUCGAGGCAGACAACGAUGUCUACGGCCGACUUUGAUCGUGCUGAUGAUGAUGCCAUCGGCAAGAAUCGGAUGGUCUUGCCGGAUGGUGAUAAUAAUUGAUGGAUUAUGUUUCCUUUUGGGGAUCAUACAUCUGAACACAGGGCAGUUCAAUCUCUCUGUUAUUAAGGUUAAUAUAUUGAGUGGUUCUGCUCAUAAA